AUGGAUGAAUGGCGAGCUCGUCCUCAUGUACAAAAGUUUGUGAAAGCUGUCGCCAAAGAACAAGGAAUACCAGAAUAUACCAUUAUCAAUUUGACAAGAACCAAAAAAGGUGAAGGAUAUUCAGGAAUAAUCUUCAUGAUUACCAUCAAAGACAAGUCAAGCGACCGAGAGCUAGAUCUUGUAGUGAAAUCAGCUUUUACAGAAGACGAACACAGAAAUUUUUUACCCAUUGAGGACUCCUAUGCUAACGAAAUUCAUUUUUUCACAGAAGUAAAACCAACCCUUAAUAAAUUUAUAGAAGAGUGUGGAAUGAGGCCCACAAAUUACGCCGCACAUUGUUAUCAAAUACAUGCCGAGGUUCCGAAAGAGAUGCUCUGUCUAGAGAACUUGAGGACGUCCAAUUUUGAACUAUUUGACAAGAAGUUAAUUCUAGACGACGAACACUUUAGCUUCAUUUUUAAUUAUUAUGGUCGUUUUCAUGGAUAUUCUUUUGCAUUGAAGGCCCGGCGACCAGAAGAUUAUGCAAAACUUGUGGCUCCUAUUCGAAAUGUGUUUGAGCAAUUUACGAAAAUUCCGGAGGGAAAUUUUAAAACCUUCUUAAAGGACACAAGUAAUACAAUUGCGACUUAUCUAGAAGUAGGAGAAGAUGACGAAAUAAUAAAAAAGUACGAAAAAUAUCAAGACGGAGGAAUCAUUGAUCUUUUCGAAAAGGCGGUGACUGAUGUUUGCGAUCAUACUACAAUUUUACAUGGCGACUGCUGGAGUAACAACAUGAUGUUUAAAUAUGAGACUUUAGGAAAUAGUAGAAAAUUAGUGGACAUGCGGCUUUUGGAUUUACAGAUUAUCAGAGAUGCGAGUCCUGUUUGUGAUUUGUCCUAUUGUUUGUAUUCAGGUGGUUCUAAAACAGAAUAUGAUAAUUUAGAUAGGUAUUUUAAAAUUUACUACGAGAGUUUGUCGAUGACUUUGCAAGCGUUGGGAUGUGAUGUUAAAACUAUUUAUCCAUUUAAUCUUCUUAAGGAACACUGGAAAAGAUUUGCAAGACUGGGAAUGGCAAUGACGUUUGCUAUUCUGAAGUUGAAGUGUACCAACCAGGAAGAUAUUGUAGAUUUAACAGACAAUCGUGAACGACAUGAAGCUGCUAGAAAUAAGUAUAAUGAUCGAGAUUUUAAGAAACGAGUAAAAGAUGUUUUAUAUCACAUGUCAAAAAUGGAUGCUUUGUAA